GAGUGCAGGGACAGGAAGCUAGAACCUGUGCCGUCUUGUUUCCCCUCAGCUUUGGUAUGGAGUAACUCGUCAAACUUCAUGUGGACAAACUCGAGGGGAUAUAUGGUUUUCUUCCUGAGUUCAGCAGGAGAUGGCACUGCAGAGUCGUAGGUCUGAGCCGGUUGGUAAUGAAAGCUUGGAGGACUGGAAGUUCAUUGGCGCAGGGGGAUUUGGUAAAGUCUACAAGGCCAGGCACAAGGACUGGGGGUUUGACGUGGCCAUUAAGUUAAUUCAUCAUGCUGAUGGUGCCGUCAUGUCACUGUGUCAGGAGGCUAAUCACAUGGAUGAAGCUGCCUGUCCGUAUGUGCUGAGGCGUUGUGGAAUUUAUGAGGGAUACCCACCAAAAGGAGGUCCGUCCAUGCAACGGGGAAUAGUCAUGGAGUUCAUGGGAAGAGGAUCUAUUCAGACCCUGCAGAAGGACCUGUCUGGCCCUCCGCCGUGGCCCCUGGCCUUCCGCUUCGCCCACCACGUGGCUCUAGGAAUGAACUUUCUCCAUCAGAAGAAAAUUUUGCACCAGGACCUAAAGCCAUGCAAUGUACUGCUAAAUGAUGACCUCAACGCCAAGGUGGCAGACUUUGGUCUGUCCAUGGUGUCCACCAGUGCUUUGACCAGCAACACAGAAAUGACAGGAGUGGUUGGAGGCUCAUAUAAGUACAUGCCUCCUGAGUCUUUUGAUAUAUCAUAUAAACCCGUUCGUGCUUUUGACGUAUACAGCUACGGUGUCCUUCUCUGGUCUAUUUUGAAUGGUGAAGAGCCUUAUCCAGCGGCUGAUCGUCCUCGUGUGGAACUGAGGAUCCCCAUGGGAGACAGACCUCCAUGUGAGACAAUUGAACAGAUGGAGGUAGAGGGGUUGAAAGACCUGAUUGACCUGAUGAAGAGGUGUUGGAAUGAGAAUCCAUCUGAGAGGCCAACCUUUGAAUGCUGCCGUGAAGUCACUGAAUCUGUGCUGUCACAGCACGAGAAGGAUGUUCCUGGUGCGGUCUAUCAAGUGUUGACACAAUUGGCGUCGCCACAGAGCCAUCAGCAUUUCAACAACAAUGUGGUAUUCAGGUCUGCUCCCCGGAUGCGAAAACAGUCAAAUGAUACCGUUGAUCAUCCCAUCCGAGUGAAGCAGAAUCCUGUCAGUGUUCCUACAAAAAAUCUGACUGUUGCAGACAAAGCCAAGUUCGUCGAUGAAAACCGGGCAGUUCUAAUACAAUCCGUUUCCGAGGUGUUGGCAAUAGCAGAAGAGCUUGGAGACAUGGUCCAUCCUGAAGCCUACUCUGCGAUUGAAGCUAAAACAACAAGCUAUGGCCAAAUGAGAGUCAUCUACCAAAAGACAUUACGUUCAGGAGGAGACGUGGUCAAAGCCGCCUUCUAUGACGCCCUUAAAAAACAUCACCCCAGGCUAGUGGAGAGGCCUGGUGGCUAAUUCCAAAGCAGUGGCGACCUUCCUGCACUUUGAGCACAAAAGUGUCAAAGACUUCCUCAGCUUCUUCCACUUUUUUAUACAAAAUGUAAAAUAUAUAUUUAUGUAUGUCGUCCUCAAAUUUAUUCAUACCCUCCCGUGAAAGAAGGGAGAAAAAAAAACAGUAGCUGUCACUGAGAUAAGUUGAUAUAACAAAAGUAAUAAUUAAUAAAAAAAUUUCGAAAAUCA